AGUGGGUUCAGACAUGGCAGAUCUGCUGGUCCAGGGCUCUCGGGGGGCUGGCAGUGGUCAGUCAGACUCGGCCUCUCUCAUAGACUUCAGUGAGGGCUCCAUGACUGAAGCUCCACCCUCUGACGGAGAGGACGACCUUCUGACAGGACACUGCAGCUCUGAGAGUGCACAAAGAGCGCUGAGGAGUUAUACACAGCUACUGCUGGCUGGGAGAAAGAAGGAAGCAUUGGAGUCUGCAAUGAGCAGUGGUCUGUGGGGACAUGCUCUGUUUCUGGCGAGCAAAAUGGACAACAGGUCCUACGUCACUGUACUGAACAGGUUUACAGGACAGCUCACAGCCAAUGACCCACUUCAGACCCUCUUCCAGCUGCUGUCUGGGAGGGUCCCUGCUGUAGCCACGUUCUGUGGCAGUGAGAGGUGGGGUGACUGGAGGCCUCACCUGGCUGUGAUCCUCUCCAAUGACACUUCCAACUCUGCUGUCAAACAGAGGUCCAUCGCCACCAUGGGAGACACUCUGGCCUCCAGAGGACUUUUACACUCGGCUCAUGUGUGCUACCUGACUGCCGGGCUGCCCUUUGGAGGCUUCACUCAGAAGGAUCAGAGGCUGGUGCUCCUCGGCAGCAGUCACAGGCAGUCAUUUAAAGACUUUGCCACAAACUCUGCCAUCCAGUGCACCGAGUUGUAUGAGUACUGCCAGAAUCUUGGAGGGAAAUACUUCUCCAUACCAUCUUUUCAGGUGUAUAAGUUUCUGUAUGCAACCCGGCUGUUGGACUGUGGACUCUCCUCUCAGGCCUUUCAUUACUGUGAGAUGGUGGGACAGGCCAUCCUCCGGCAGAACGCACCGAUGUUUGUGCUUACCGAUCUACUUUUGAAGUUGUCAGACAGGCUCAGACAUUCUGAGGUGAGUGAGGCUGGGCUGAGUGGAGCAGAACAGGAGCCAGGUUGGAUGACACAACUGCACUUAAGGCAUCAGCGCUUACAGACUGGCACUUGCAGCUUCUGUGAAAUAAGCCAGGAACCUUCAGCAACUACAGGAGACUCCAGCUCUGUGCAGAGUCCAGAACCUGAGCUGCUUUACUACAGAGACACUGAUGAAAUCUUUGCGAAUGACGUUUUAGGUGGAAACCAACAAGUCGCCCCAACAGACUGCAGUGGAGUUUAUGAAUGGCCACAGAACUCUCCCACAGUUCCAGCUCCUGUUACACAUGAUCCCCCAGUGGCCAGUGCAGCAGUGGGCCAAGACUUCACUUAUUAUCACACUAAUACUGGUGUGUUGCACUCUGCAGGCACCUGUCCUUCAGGAGCUGUACCACUUUCUGAAUCUACCACAAUAACCAGUCCAGUGAUGGUCCCAGGGCAUCAAACAUAUCCUGAAAUACAGCAAAGACCAUCUAUGACCCAUAGUAGCUCUGAGCACAGCAGUCCUCCUAAACAGGCAAGUUCAUCAGGAGGAUGGUUCAGUGGUUGGUUUAAGUCAUCACCCAAAGACAACCACCAGGAGACCUCAGAACCAGCGAGCCCCUCUCAAACAUUUUCCACCCCAGAAGUCUCUCCGCCUCCCCCACCAACCAUGUUCUCACCACAGCCCUCCACGACAGCAGGGAUCAAUCCAUUUUCAAGGAAAGCUGGGCAACAGCUGGGCUAGAAGGCUUCCCAUCAAGUUAGACCUAGAGCAUCUUAUAAUGUCAUUAGCACAUCUGGUACAUCUGGCUGUAGACUGAAACGUGUCAACAGUCAUCACUAAUAAAAAUGCCCUUUUUCUCACUGUGCUUGAAGCUCUCAAUACACUGGAUGAGAAGCCAGACCUGCUCCAGUUUCCCAGCACAAUUCAUGCACUUCCGUAAAGCUGACCCUAGCUAAAUGAAUUGUACAUACAGAUCAUAUUUUGUGAUUUGAAUAGCACACACUGAGGUAAUAACAUGGCAACAAACUAGUAUAUCUGUUUCACUGUUGGCAUAAGAUUUAGGUGGUUGCCAUGUUGGAAUUGGCACAUCCUCAUUAAGUUACAACCACUCUGAUAUGAAGAUACAUUGACUAAUAGUUUUAUGCUGUGAAGGAUCUAUAUUGGUGUAUAUAGAAUUAUUAUUUUCUUAACCUGUAAAACCCUACAUGCUGAUAUGUUUACUAGCUUAUUCUAAGGUAGAUUUUAUACUGAAGAAAAAAAAAAGCACUGGUACUUAUAAAUAUGGCGCUAUGUUGAAACCAGGCCAAGUUGAAGUAAGACAUGUUUGCUUGUAUGCUAUAAGUGUCCUCACUGUCUUAAAUGAUCCAACUGGUUUUGUAAUGGGCAUGCCUUAUUUCUUUCAGACUUAAUAUACAGCACAUAAAUUAUUUGUUGCAGAUAGCUUGUGAUCCUUAAAGUGUAUGGAACCUUUUGGAGGUGGAAAAUCAUCUGCAUGAUUCCACGGAAAUAUAAAGUUAAAAUCGUACUUCUCAACAUUCUCCAUGGAGAUACAUAUGUUUUAUGCCAUAAUGCAGAGAUUAUAGCCAAUGGAACAACAUUUUAAUUUCAUCAGAAGCAGGAAGAGGUCCUCCUUAAGUCCAAAUAAGAGUCAGGUUUGUGGAGAUGUAAGUCCGCUCAGAGUAAGAUGCAUUUUUCCAUGUUUUCCAUUGUUUUAGAAACACUCAUAAUGAAAUAGUUACCGUACGUACUAUGGAUUUCAAAAAAAUCAAGUUAAAGUAAGUGCCAAAGUCUGUAACCCUUUUCACACUUCAGUGCUUUGAAUUUAAAUGUCAAUUUAAUGUCAGCAUAAAAUAUGAUUAAUACAAAGUUAAAAUGCUAAAAAUGUAAUUUAAUGUAAGGAACUAGGUUUUUAUGUAUCCUAUGAUGCUGACCUCUAUACAUUUGUAUAGUAAAAAACACUGACUGU